CUUUUGACUUUAGAUGCCUAUAUAUACUUCACUUCUCUUGCACAAUUAACAUCACCACCAAAACAGAAUCCAAUAUCUUGUAGUUUCUAGCCCAGUAUAUAGAUCAAGUUUUUUUUAUCCUUUACGAUCACUAUUGAUUGUUUGCUGCCACCUACUUCAAUGUUGAGACGCACUAUGUUAAUAUGCCUCUUGGUUGCCAUGCUUGCGACUUUGGUGCAAGGUCAAGGCACUCGCGUUGGAUUCUAUUCUAGGACUUGUCCUAGAGCUGAAUCCAUUGUAAGCUCAACAGUUGCAACACAUUUUAAAUCUAACCCUGCAAUUGCUCCUGGUUUGCUAAGGAUGCAUUUCCAUGAUUGCUUUGUCCGAGGAUGCGAUGCUUCUAUCCUCAUUAAUGGCUCCAACACUGAGAAAACUGCCCUACCAAAUCUUGGGUUGAAAGGCUAUGAAGUUAUUGACGAUGCCAAGACUCAGCUUGAAGCUGCAUGUCCUGGACUUGUUUCUUGCGCUGAUAUUCUUGCACUUGCAGCCCGUGACUCUGUUGUUCUGACUGGUGGAAGAAGUUGGCAGGUGCCUACUGGACGUAGAGACGGCCGGGUGUCAUCGGCAUCUGACACUGCUAAUUUGCCUGGCUUCACAGACUCCAUUGAUGCACAAAAGCAAAAGUUCGCUGCAAAGGGUCUUAAUGCACAGGAUCUUGUCACACUAGUUGGAGGACAUACAAUAGGGACUACAGCUUGCCAGUUCUUUAAUUACAGAUUAUAUAAUACAACUGGGAAUGGAUCUGAUCCUACCAUCAGCGCUUUAUUCCUUCCCCAAUUACAAGCACUGUGUCCACAGAACGGUGACAGGACAAAGCGAGUUGCACUGGAUACAGAUAGUGAAAACAAGUUUGAUGCAUCUUUCUUCGGCAACCUGAGAAAUGGGCGAGGAAUUCUUGAGUCUGAUCAGAAAUUAUGGACUGAUACUUCCACCAGAACCUUUGUUCAACGUUUCUUGGGUGUUAGAGGCUUGGCUGCAUUGAACUUCAAUGUUGAGUUUGGAAAGUCCAUGGUGAAGAUGAGUAACAUUGGAGUAAAGACAGGCUCUGAUAGUGAAAUUAGGAAAAUAUGUUCUGCAAUAAAUUGAUGACAAUAUGAUUUUGUAGUCGUACUGUUAUAAUUUGUCACCUAAGAAAAACAAAAUGUGAUUUUGUAUUGUGAUUGGAAUGUAUAGCGUAAGCUGAUAAUAAAGUGAUAAUAUUCCAAGCAAA